AUGGAGGUCGAAACAGAAGCGGAGGCGCCGCCGCCGGAGCUCGCCGCAGUUCUAGAACACGCAGCCCUAAUGGCGAAGCGGCUCCCAUCCGCUGCCGAUCCAUCCCAACUCCUCCAAAUCCACGCUGCGCUCCACGCGGCCCGCCACCGCCUCUCCCUCUUCCUCUCUCCGCCGCCGGAGAAUUCCGUCUCCUCCGCCGCCGGCGAGCCCAUGCAGAUGGAGGACGAGGACGAGGAGCAGAGCUCGCGAGCCGCCGUCGAGAAGGUGGCGUGGCGGAUGAAAGAGUGUUUUAUACAGAACAAGAGGCCCAAGCGCCGCCUCUCGCCUUCCGCAGAGCAGCAGCGGCGGCGGAGCUUCGAGGAUGAGGCCGACGCGGCGCCGGAGGUGUUUGAUCCUUUAAUUACUAAGCUGCGCGCUCUUGAAUUGAUUCACCAGUUUCACGCUUGAAAAAUUCUCUCUUUUUCCAUUUUAUUUAUUCUAAAUCGUCUUGUGAAAUUCAA